AACAGGACAGAACACGUACCUGCCGAGUGAGUUGAUUUGUUUUGAGCGUUCCUUAAUUAUUAUCCGUGUGCGUUUUGGACUUUUUCUUUUUGAAGGAAGCGUCUUGGACUUGUUACCGAGUAGGGUUGGGAUCAGUUUGGGCCAACGUAUCGUCUUGUCUUUUAAUAAGGAAGAGAGAAGAGAAGGCCAUGGAAGCAAUUUAUAUUUCAUAAGUAGUACAUAAUACGUCUUCUUAAGCUGAAUCGGCGAGUUGCCGCCAAAAGAAGAAGAAAAAAGAUUGAAUCGGCGAGCCGCGACACUAGGAUACUACAAUGGUCGUCGAGACGAGGCUCUAGGAUCUCCCGGAGGAGCUUGUGUGUGGGAUAUUCUCACGCUUGCCCAUGAGAGACGCGGGUCGUGCGUGCGCGUCCUGCUCCACCCUGCUGCGCGUUUGGAGGAUGCAUGCCCAUCUGGUGUUUGACGAGGACACGCUUGGGCUCCGACUGCUCCCAGAAGAAGAAGAAGAGCUCUUAGAUGAUGAUGAUCUUGACCCGCACCGGAAAGCCGUCCUUGAAAAGAAAAAGGACGAGCUCGUCCGGGACUUCGUCCGCUUUGUGGACACCACGAUGCUGCGGCACCGCAGCGACACAGCAUUGGAGACGCUCAGCGUCAAGUUCGCCUAUCUGCAGCAGCGACGCGAUGCCGCCUUGGUGGACCGCUGGGUACACUUUGCCAUCGAAUCGACCAGCACCAGGCGCCUAGAGCUCGACUUCCUAGCUCACCUCAUGGAGCCAUGCGGCCCAGACAGUCUGUGCUAUGAUUUUCCCUCCUCGCUCCUCCUCCUUACCCCAGCCGCCAUGGCCCUGGAGCAGCUGCACCUGAGAUCCGGAUGCUUGCGGUGGCCGUGGCAAGACAAUAAGUACUACUACGUGGAGCUGACCAGCCUGGUUCUUGACACCGUGCGCAUCACCAGCCAAGACUUGGAGCGCUUCCUCUACUCGUGCCACAAGCUGCAGCGCCUGGAGCUCAACUACUGCGACGAUCUGGUGUACGUCAAGAUGCCACCUCGUCCGAGGCAGCGAGGCUUCAAAUUUCUUGCCUUGCGGCACUGCCGCUCCGUGAAGACGGUGGACGUAUCUGAUUCUGGUGUCGCAUCGCUGACUUUUGACACGAUAAACCGUGGGCCCAGCAUUCUUGGAUCCACGGUGGCGCCGGCUCCGAAUGUGACAAGGGCGAGCUUUCAUAUCUUGGCUAAUCCCGUUGCACCUGCAGCUGCUGGCGUCUUUGAAACCACAAGCUUGGCGCGCCUCAUGCCAGGCCUAGAGAGUUUAUCCUUGAGAGUCACGAUGCUAGUCAAGGUAGUUACUUCACCAGCAAGCACCUGGAAAUACCGUCAUUUGAAGCGCCUGGACCUUUGGAUGAUCUUGGAUGGCAAGAGCCGCCAAAGGAACGACUUCAUUUUCCUUCACCGGUUUCUCGACGCAGCGCCUGCAUUGGAAUCGCUCUCGUUGCAUCUCAUGAGCUCAGCCCCAGCUUUCGAUGCAUCCCGGAUGCCCCCAGGCGACGUUGAGAAGCGCCUACACCUGAGCCUCAAGACCGUCACCAUCACUGGGUUCGAUGCUCACCUCGCUUCCCUAGAGCUCCUGCUCUACAUCCUGGAAAACGCGCGCCCUCUUGAGCGCCUGUCACUUGAUCCCGCAUGGUACGACGUUGACAGCCAGAUGCCUCAAAUGAUGCCCCCGGACGUUACAAGGCAGCGUGCCCGGAAGGCCAUUACAAGGCAUAUUGCCCCCCGGAUAUCCCAACAUGUAGCGCUACAGGUCUUAUAAUCACACAACUUUUUAGAUAGUCGCGUUGCCGCGCCUGUUGAUUUUACAA